CGCUGCAUUUAUGAUGAUGUUCUCACCGAGCGGGAGAGAAGGGAGCUGUUGUUCAUUCAUCGCAGCUGCAGUGUCGUUGGCUAUCGCCCGUGCGUGACGUCAACAACAAUUCACCAUCUUGUGGCGAGCAAUUGUGCCGGACUUGUUCUCCCUCUUCUCCCCAUACGGGACAGAAUUCGCGAGCUAAUGGAGUCGCAUUUUGACUGUGAGUUCGAGCUCUUUGUCGAGUUUACGGGGCUCAUCAGUUGGAGUCGAGGCGCCAACCUUGGCUGGCACCACGACAGCAAUCGGCCGUAUCUGAAGCAACGCGACUUCUCCGCCGUUUGCUACCUGAGCGAUUACGGCAAAGAUUUUACGGGAGGGUUGUUCCAUUUCCGCGAUGGGGAGCCGGAAACGAUCGUACCGAAGGCAGGGAGGCUAGCAAUCUACACAGCAGACGAGAUGAAUGUUCAUGGAGUCGACCGUGUAGACUCAGGCGAGAGGAGUACGAUAACUAUCUGGUUCUCAAAAGAUAAGUCUUUUGAUGAAGAUGCGGCCGUCCUGCCUCGUUUGGUAUCUUAUUGCGCCGCUCAAGCGGCAGCAAAUGUGACCCUUGGGAGGACGGACGAGCAUGGACGCAACAGUUGCAUAGAGAGAUCGGAAGGGGUGCGACACCGGGGGGAAGAACUGACCCGUGCCCUUUUCCCAAGGCCAGGGAAGCAGGAACACAUAGGAGGAGGAGGAGGAGGAGGAGGAGAUGUUGUGGAGUUAACAAAGAAUGUAGUGUUGCAGAUGCAUGGGGGCAAGGAUGGAGAGAGUGUUGCCGAUGAAUAUGAUAUGUUGCUUAGCGCGGAUGUACCUUUGCCUUUCGAGCUGUCGAGUAAGUUGUAUUGGGUGCAAGAUGACUACGGUUUUGAGCCGAUGAUCGAGCGUCUAUCUGUUCAAUCGAAUCCAAUAGACGUAGAUCAGCAGCUGACCGACAUCCAUGGAGGUUAUCAGGGUGACAGGGAGGAGAGUCGAGAGGAUAGAGGAGGUGGCAAUGCAGAGUCACGAGAUGCGGUUCAUGCCGGAAAGGGACAGGGGGUAACUAGGGGUGUAGUGGACUCUGUAGAUGAACGACUGUCUGGAGUGAGCAGAGGGGAUUCUCCGACGAGUGAAAGUCGUUACGGCGGCCGGGGUGCAAUGCGCCUGCGAGAGCAAGGUAUCGGGAGAGAGGAUGAGGGAGAUGUUGGGGGAGAGAACGGUGGAGGGCUUGGGAGAGAGAAUGAGCAAGGUUUCGCGAGAGAGAGCGAACAACCCGGGUUCGAUUUGCGCUGGUGGAAACUACAGCAGAUGCAUAUGUAUCUGGCUCCAUCAAAUCUGGAAAGAGACGGAGGGCAUGGAAGAGAGGUGGUUGCAAACACAAAGGAGCGAAGCGGAUCAGCACCCACGGACAUGUCCGGCUUUCGUUUGAUGUGGACAGGGCAGAAAACGAUAUGCUUCCGUUUCGUCAGCCCUCUGCAUGCGUUGCAGAUUGCAUGUUUCUGUGAAUUCCAUUUCAAGUCGGAGCUCGGUGCUCUCUGUUCUUGCGUCAUCGUGGACCAAACAAACAUUACGGAAACGGCGCAAGAUAUGCGGCAAUCUCUAAGGCCGAUUGUGGAACGCACACCACCAGCAGGGCAACGACAACCGCAUUCAUUUCACGUGCAGUGGGAGCGGAAUGAUUUCUCCGGCGGCAGCAAAAAUGGAUCGGCGGCGGAGGAACCGGGCAAUGAAAAGAAAUCAGUAGAUGGAGGCGGCGAACAACGGCAGAAACCGCUUCCUUGCUGGAAUCAUCGGGAUCUCUGCCCGGGCAUGCGAAUGGUGGUCGCUGAAUGGACGCGGUACGCCUUCGAUAACAGUCGCAAGCUGCAGAAGAGCGUAGAGCAGCGCAUCGAAAAGGGAACUCGUGCGAGGGUUUUUUUCGCGGCGAUUUGCGCAGUCGGAGUCGAGGGAGAGGAGAUGAAGUGGAGCUUGCUGUGUCUCGUCCUUCUGCUGGCAUCCGCGAUGGCUGCAUUGGCCGGCGACGUCGCCGACGGGGAACGACGGGAAGGAAAUAUAAGGACAGUGACGGACUAUUCGACCAAAACUUCGUGGCCGGAGGUGGUGGGCAUGACCGGUGACGAUGCGAAGAGGAAGAUCAAAGACGAGAGGCCAGACCUGCUCACGUUCGUCGUGCAUCACAAAUCGUCAAUGAUUUUAGAUUAUCGGCUCGACAGAGUACGCAUUCUCGUCGAUGGCAGCUCGAAGGUUGUGACGACCCCGUCGAUUGGCUAACAAGCAAAAGAAGACGAGGCUUAGAUCAGUCCUAAGACUCCUAAAUCAUGUGGUGCAAGGGGGGGGGGGGGAGAGGGAGUGGAGUGUGUCGAUCAUGUGACAGCAUAUGUAUAUUAUCAACGAAGGCAAAAGAGAAUUGAAAAAAAACAACAACAAGGCAGCUGAAUGUAAAUGAGAAGGAAAAAAAAAAUCAUUGCAGUGCCGGAGACAAGGGAAAAGGAGGUAGGGAGGGACGGAGGUGGGUACAGGAGGGAGGGAGGGUGUGGGAGGGAGGAAUGGAGGAGGGAGAGAGGUGUACAGUGUACGAAGUCGAGGAGAGGGAUAUGGUUUUCAUGUUGUAGAUUGUUGCACUACGGGGUAGUAGAAUAGGUCGAAUAAGAAAAUAAUAAAUAUAGAAGGGAACACCUAGCAUGUCUCAAGCUCGUGUCCGUAGCAUUUGACACUGUUUGUAAAUUGUUAGAAAAUAGUAAAAAUACUAAAAUAGU